ACCGCGUGACAUAGCUUAUUGCGGAAUUGGAAAUUUUUCGUAAAUUAUUUACCGCAAAUCGAGAUCCUGUAUUCAGCUACAGAAGCGUUUAAGCUGGUUCAAAAUCGAUAAUAGUUGUUGGACGCGAAUUUAGUUGUCUAAGCCAUGCCUAACCAGUUUCAGAAGGAGAGCUUAGACGCGCACAAUCAAUACCGCGCUCAACAUGGUGCCCCACCAUUGAAAUGGUCCUCAAAACUUGCGUCCGAUGCGGAGAAAUGGGCUAAACAACUGGUGAAGUUAAAUCGCCUUCAACAUCACACUGGAGAUGAUGGCGAAAAUCUUGCGUAUGCUUCAGGCUAUGAACUAACAGGUCAGAGAGCCGUAGAUAUGUGGUACGAAGAGAUCAAAGACUACAACUUUGGCAACCCUGGAUUUUCUUCAGGAACAGGCCACUUUACCCAAGUUAUAUGGGUAGGCUCGCAGGAGGUGGGGGUCGCCAAAGCAAGCAACGCUAAUGGCACACAAUUUGUAGUUGCACGGUACUACCCUGCUGGGAACGUUCUGGGGCGCUUUCCGGAAAAUGUCCAGCCCAAAGGGUCUAAGAUUUCCAAAAAUGCUGGUAAGAAGACGGAACAGCCUCGAGGUAGCAGGCCAGUGGGUGGGAAAGUGCAAGUCACCGUCAAUACCAAAGGCGCUACUGACAAACCACAAAGCACCAGGGAAUUCAAGAAUGAACUUCUCAAGUCACACAACGAAAUCCGCACCCAACAUGGUGCACCUUCUCUGAAAUGGAAUUCGAAACUGGCUGCGGAGGCACAAUCUUGGGCAGAAGAUUUGGCAAGUAGGAACUGUAUACAGCCCAGCAGCUCAAAUGACUACGGAGAGAAUAUUGCUUAUAUGUCCGGAGGGCAACUGACAGGGAGAAAGGUAACUGAUAUGUGGUACGAGGAACACGACAAAUACAGCUUCAGAAACCCAGGGUUUUCUUCGACUACCGGCCAUUUUACCCAGAUAGUCUGGCAAAGUUCUAAAGAAAUGGGAGCCGGAAAAGCUGUCAGUUCAAGCGGAGCACAAUUUGUCGUGGCGCGAUAUCAGCCCCCAGGGAAUGUCCGGGGGCAGUUCCCCGAAAAUGUCAAACCGGCAGGGACCGGAGGGGGAGGUGGACAAAGUUGUUGUGUCAUUUUGUGAUAAAAGAAAUACAUGAGAUUUAAUCUGGUACUGAAGGCUCAUCGGUAGAACACCGGAAUCGAAUUUUUUUUGUUAGACUUCAAAGAGAAAUAAACAAUAGGUAUGCUACAAUCGCGGACGAAACAUGUUUGGACAGGAUGUUCAUUUAUGAUAGUCUCGCUUCUCAAAUCUCACUGGAAAAGAACAAAAAUCACACCCCUCCUCACUGCGCCCUCCUUGACCCAAUAUGUCAAAUGUAUGUUUCGCCGGCGAGGACAAAUAACGCAAACAACAAUGAAUGAGGCACAAAGGCCAAGAAAAGUGCCAUAUAUGAACCAGGAUUGAAAAAAGGUUUACUGUAGGUCUACUCUUUAUGGUAGCCAAUUCAGAUUAUCGCCUCGGCAAUUGAUAAAACCAAAUAUCUUGUACUACCCUCCACUGAUGCAACACCACAGUUUCUUUAGAAACCGUUACCCCAUUUACACUUGGCGUAGUUGUCUCAACAGUUUUGUCCGCGACUCUCGUGUUAAUGCUUCAGAAAAUCACGAUCUAAAACGGCAGAUUGGAAGGCAAAAAAAAACGCUCAAUAGAUUAUACCGCACAGGAGAUGUUAAUGAAAAGAGAAAAUGAAUGAAAAGAUUUUGAAAUAGUUAACAUUCUGGUAAUCGAGCAUUACUGGUAUAGACAGAAGCUAAGUUAUUGUCAUGAAUUUAUUCAAUAAAA